UAAUGCAAGGGACCUCCCUUUUUAACCACAAACUGAAUUUUCGUUCAUUUAGACGAUAUAUACUUUUGAAAUUGCCCCAAAGUUGUAGGAUUUUUUUGGAGCGCAUUUCACCCUGGAGCGGUACGCCAUGCUCUCUCACGCCGACCUCCUGGAUGCUCGGCUCGGUGAGUUAUCAUCUGUAAACCCCGGCCCUAAACUCCAAUGGAUGAAGGAUGCUGCAGAGUUACUCGGACACCGAGAGGCUCUUAAGUGCAGACUGGGAGGCGGCGUGUCGGACCAGGGGCAUCCGGGAGACAUGGCCCCUGGUUCAGACUCAGUGGAGGGAACCACUAUGUUGCCGGGAGAAGACAUCGCCACUGUGGGCUCCAACUCUGCCGUCAUGUCAGUUAACGGGAAGGAGCAGGAGAAGCAGCAGCAGCAGCAGCCGCAACAGAGCUCCAGUCAGUCCGCCAGUCAGCAGAAACAGAAGCGGCACCGGACACGCUUUACUCCGGCACAGCUCAACGAGCUGGAACGCAGCUUCGCCAAAACCCACUACCCCGACAUCUUCAUGAGAGAGGAACUCGCGCUGAGGAUCGGCCUCACGGAGUCCAGAGUUCAGGUUUGGUUCCAGAACAGACGCGCCAAGUGGAAGAAAAGGAAGAAGACUACCAAUGUUUUCCGCGCCCCGGGGACGCUGCUCCCAACACCGGGCCUGCCCCAGUUCUCUGCCGCGGCUGCCAUGGAGAACAGCCUGUGCUCCUUCCACGCCAACGACUCUCGUUGGGCGACGGGGAUGCCGGGUGUCUCCCAGCUGCAGCUACCGCCUGCUCUGGGUCGUCAGCCGAGCAUGGCGCAGUCUCUGUCACAGUGCAGCCUGGGCCCAGGCCCGCCACCAAAUUCCAUGGGUCUCUCCAACGGCCUGUCAUCCAACGGCUCUGGUCUGCAGUCCCACCUCUACCAGUCGCAUUUCCCCGGAAUGUCGGCUUCUCUCUCUGGCCCCACGAACGUAUCGGGCUCCCCGCAGCUGUGUAGUUCCCCGGACAGUGACAUGUGGAGAGGGACAAGCAUCGCGUCACUGCGGCGCAAAGCGCUGGAGCACACAGUGUCCAUGAGUUUCACUUAGUGACCCAAUCCCAGCACUCACCCUGUGGCUCAUUCCCCGCUUCCGCCAUUUAGAUCAACACGAGAGAACGAACGAGCUAAAAGGGACUUAAAUGUGAGGAAAAUGGAGACUGUGUGUGUGUGACUUCAUCUAGACAUAAUGACAAAAGAGGGACGGACAAAUGGAAGAAAAAAAUGACUUGAGUUUGUUAUUUAUCUUAUUAACUCAAAAAGGAUUUUAUCAGCUAUUGAUAAUAAAUAUUGUAUUGAUCUCUAGACUAUAGGCCCUAAUUACCGAGAGCCAACCAAUUGUCGUAUUUGCGUUUUCAUUGAGUGUGUCUUUACGCACACGUUAUUGUGUUCAGGUGAAGUUGUGUUAUGUCAAACGGUUAUUUAUAAGAUUUGGUAUACAUUUUUGUAACAGCCUACCAACACACGCACCACAUACUGUAGGUGGGCCUAUGGGUCUCGGGCAUGCACAGUGCAUGUGGACUUAAACACUUGGGUCAUUUCUGGUGAAAAUGGUUCCCACUCAGAUUGAACAGAGAUACUUUUGAGGCGACUCGUCUGCAUGAGACGGGAGCGUAAAUCUAAAGAGGAAACAUAUAUACAACAGUACACUUAUCUUUCAGUAGGCCUACUAUGUUUUAGGAUGUUUUGUGUAGAUGAAACAUUCUUGCUAUGUACCCGCUGGUCUUUUUUGUGACAUGUUUUAACUUAUUGUAUGUGCUAUUACUUGACACAUUUCUUAAGUGUUUGAUCUUUCAUCGAAAUGCACCACAUUGACGGGGUUUGUACCAAUUUAAAAAUGACAAACGAAUAAAGGUAAUUUUCAAGAAUGUCAACACAA